AUGUCCACACAGAACCAAGUGAUUGAGCCUAUUGCUCUGCCUCGGCUUCCUGCCGAGCAUGCAGAAUGGCUUUCGCACGUCUCGAAGCAUCCCAGCACAUCAAUGCACGAAUUGCUCGCUCCCUACAAAGAGUACGAUGCAAAGCUUCGCGAGGUUUUCGCUCAGCAGCCCUCUCACCCUGCAAUGGAGAAGCCAAACGUUCUUCCUCUUUUCGCAGGACAAGAACGGGACGUCAAGAUCCGAGCCCGGAAGUCAGACACUGAAUCUGAGGACGAACGCCAGCGCUACCUGAUGCCCUUGAAAACCUCUGAGCGCAAACCCGAUGGCGCGCCAGCAAUUGUCCAACCCCUCAAAGAGUUCCAGACAAACUUCCAGCUGUUCUCCGAGUCGGCAUUGGUGGACAUGGACUGGUCGAAUGUCGUCGUUGCCGGCAGCGCUGUUGUUACCUCACUCCUUCCGGUUCCAGCAGAGCACAAUGCUUCGAAACGUGCUCUCCGCGAGUACUAUCACCAAAAACUCGCACCCUCUUCAGAUGUAGAUCUCUUCCUGUAUGCUCUAACUGAAGAGCAGGCCGUGGAGAAGAUCAAGCAAAUUGAACAGCGUAUUCGAGAUUCCAUCUUGACAGAAACGACCACAAUCCGCACAAAGAAUGCAAUCACCAUUGCUUCACAGUAUCCUACACGACACGUGCAGAUUGUGCUUCGUAUCUAUCGCUCCAUCUCUGAAAUUCUCACCGGCUUCGAUGUUGACUGCUCAUGCGCUGCCUACGAUGGGAAACAAGUCUACGCUAGUCCACGUGCAGUCGCUGCAUACAUGACUCAAGUCAACACCAUUGACCUCACACGACGCUCACCUUCGUAUGAGAAUCGCCUUUCCAAGUACUCUCACCGCGGAUUUGAGGUUUACUGGCCCCUCUUGGACCGUUCGCGCAUUGACCCAACCAUCUUCGAGCGAUCAUUCGGUCGCACACUUGGCCUUGCUCGUUUGCUAGUACUCGAGAAGCUGCCUCGCACAACAGACCGGGAUUCUUAUGUGGACCAGCGACGGGCGGAGCGCGGCAGACCAGCCAUCAACCGAUGGAACACGCGCAAGCACAAGCUGAAAGGAAAUGUCAAAGAAGAUCACGACGAUGAGGUGCCUGAUUGGGUCGAGUCAGACGAAGUCAGCGAUUAUCACACUUUCACGGUCCCGUACGGACCGAAGUUCCAUGCUCGCAAGAUUGAACGUCUCCUUUACGCAAAAGAUCUUCUACUCAACGCAGAAUGGAACCGACCAAAAGACCGUGAAACAACUUUACAUCGUCACCCAGCGUUCUUUGGCAAUGCAACUGACGUCAUCGGUGACUGCUGUGGCUACUGUCCAAAGCCCGCAACACCGGAAGAUGAAGCGAUUGCAGAAGUCGAGAACAAGAUAUACGUGUCUGGUGGUCUUACCUUUAUCAAAGACGAUCCGGGACGACAGACAAUUGGCUCAUUUCACCCUCUCACUAAUGAUGACUGGACAGAAAUGGCCUACGUCGGUAAUACGGCUAGGCUUUGUCAAGCUAUCGUCGACGGCGAUGUCGAGCACGUCCAGGACUGGCUGAGCCAGGAAGGCGCGGAUCCCAACGAACGAGAUUACACUGGUCGCACGCCACUUCAACUUGCUGUCAUGAGCUCGACGCCCGAAGUUGUUCAGAUCCUCAUAGAUGCUGGUGCUCGCAUUGUGGCUCGCAUGAUUGAUGGGAGAACUGCUUUACAUCUUGCCGCCAUGCGGGGUGAAGCUGCUAUGGUCAAAGCUCUCCUUGUCAAGAGCGAAGCCAACGAAGAGAAAGAGGCAGAGAAGGAAGAGGCCAAGCUCAAGCAACGCAAAACCGAUCACGGGAUCAAGCAACUUGCCGCCACUGACGACUCUCAAAUGGCAGAUGCAGACGUUACUCACAGCGACGACGAUGUCGACAUGCUUGAUGAUGAAGACGAGCGCGCCGAUGCUACUACAGAAGGCUCCAUGGUCAAAAUCCGAGGCAAACAACAGCGAGAAGAGAACAACAUGCCCAUUGACGAGAAUGAUGAUGACCCUGAUGUGUACGAUGUUAAUGUCCUAGCCUGGGACACUCCAGUACCUCCCCUCCACCUUGCCAUCUCCAACGGACAUGUGGAGGUGGUCAAGUUGCUCGUCCAGGAGUUCGGCGCAGACGUCUUGCUGCCGGUCAAGUUGGUGCACGAACACAGCAAAUCUCCCCGUGCAGCGAUCCUUCCGCUUGUUCUCGCUUUGCAGCUGCCACCACAGAAGGCCGACGAAAUGACGCAGGCACUUAUCGCUCUAGGAGCUUCUCCCGCACAAGCAGACGUGGAAAAUGUUACUGCACUGCAUUAUUUUGCAGCCAGGAACGCCGCAUUGCUAAGCACCAUGAUCUCGGCAAACUCACCUGCAGCAAAGCGUGCAGUAAACCAUUUGCAUAUGUCUGGUCACGAGUACACUCCAAGCGCCACAUCUGCUCUUCAAUCUGCGAUUGAGCAUGGAGACGUUGACAGCAUCGAUGCACUCCUUAAGCUCGGUGCUCAGGCGCAAGUUGACUUUGGCGUCUAUAUUCGCUCGUACAAAACCAAAUGGGAAGCUCAUGGAAUGUCCGAAAACAAUCAGAAAACAUUCCAAACAACCUUCCAGCAACCGGUUCUCACAGCUGUCGAGCGUGAGCUACCAUCUGUUGUCCUCAAGCUCCUCGACGCUGGCGCCGAUAUCAAUUCCCUGAGUGGAGGGGCCUGGCGAGCUGUGCAUGAUGGGAGGGCCAGCGGCUAUGACAAUGCUCAGAGUUUACUGGACGCAACUCGUGAGAAAAUCAACACGCUCCGACAGUGGAUCGACAAAGAGCAGCAGGACAAGACCGUCACAACACCUGGCACGUGGGGCGGCGCACAUCAAGUGUUCGCUCCAGUCCCUCUUAAGGAAGAUGCACACUAUCUCGAUGGUAUCUCUCCGGGGACCUAUGCACAUUGGACGACUCUCAAGCAGCUACAGGCAGCCAAGCGUGUGUACGAGGAAGAUGUCAAGAAAUAUGAGGAAGCUGCGAAAGCCAUGCCCAAGGAAGCUGACGGCUGGAAAGAGAAGCUGGCUGAGGUUCAGAAACUGCUUUCCGGCUAUGAAGCUCUCGAUUCCGAAUUGCUGGAGCGAGAUGCCAAAACCUUCAAGGAGCUCUACCCUGACGUCCAACUUGAUGAGCACCGAAAUCGCUACGCGCGUGAUUACAAGCCAGAUCCUCCCAAGCCUUGGGCGCCAAAACUAAACUUCCAUCUUCCUGAUCUGACAGAAGAGCAACGCGAGGGGUAUAUUAGGCUCUUCCAAGCUUGCUGGGAUGCGGAUCUGUCAACGGUGAAGGAGCUUACCCUUGCUGUAUGGAGUGAGAACCAGACGCCACUGAAGAUUGCCGUACAAGAUACCAGCGGAUUCUCGCCCUUCUCGAUUGCUGUUCUGCGAGAGCAUCUAGACUUGGCUAAGGUUUUGCUCGAGAUCGCGCACGUUCAAUUCGCUCCUGCGGAGGAGUCCGGCCAGUCCAUGUACACUCUGCAGGCAGAAGGCUCGGACGACGAAGGCGCAUUAUCUGAUAAUAACGAAGAGGACGCCGUUCGGAUUUUCCACGAAGUCGUUGAUGACAAUUUCACUAUCGAAAACAUCGGAGAGGUGCAGAGCCAAGUCAAAAGUAAGAUUACCGCGCUUGCUAUGCUUGCAUGGCAUUGUCCUGUCUCUCGAUUCUUGGAAGAAGACGACACUUCCACCGCCUUGCUCGACUACUCUUACCAUCAUGGCGCCUCCCGUCAUCUCACUAGAAGAUCAUACGGUAUCAGAGAACCGCGGAAGAUCAUCAGAGACGCUGCGAAUGGCCGGACAUACCGAGCAAGCCCGUCAAUAGCCCAGGAGCACUAUCAGAAGGUGGCCAAGCCCGGCAACCUGUUCCAGAUGGCGAUCUUUCUAGACGACGCAAGCCUGCUCCAGUUCCUUAUUGACGCUGGCGAAGAGUACACCGUCCGCCGCGGAGACACGGACGUCGGUCCGGCGUCCCAAUUCUACAGCUUCAGCGAGCAGGAUUUCUUUUAUGCAAUUCAAUUGGGCAGGGUACAGCUUCUGAAAGAAAUCGUCAAACGUACCGGUGCCGGUAUCCCAUUGGAUGUUCUUGUGAAGAAGAGCGGCGUAGAAAUCAAUAAGAAGCCCAAGUACUACCAGGGCUUGUCUGUCCACGGAAGGAAACGAGCAGAUUGGGCUGCUGCUGGCCGAGACACGCAAUGCGAAUCACCACGCGAGGAGCACCCACCACUGCUGCAUGCAGCGCGUCUCACGAAUCUCGACAGUAUUGAGUGGUUUCUCAGCGACGCCGCCACCCAUACCUACGUCGAAUUCGCGGAGAACAACAAGAAGGACAUUCGGAUCCAGGGUCUUGCGAAGGCAAAAGGUGGUCUGCAAGCUGCUAUCAGCAAGUGGCUGAGCCUCCGUUCGAAGCUACUGAUUCACGUCGUAGUUCUCAGUAAGACUAACGCCAAAUCGUUGGAACUACUCAAGCAUCUCUCCGAGACGCAGCCAGACUUGAUCAACCACAAAUCUGCCUCCGGCCUUACUCCCCUACAAUUGGCAUUUUCCCUGCAUCGAGUCGAGAUGGCAAAGAUCCUUAUGGAAGCCGGCGGUGACCAAACCAGCCGCAACCACGGUGGCGACAACCUCAUCCAUACCACGCUCAGCCCCCAUCUAAUCUCUCGUGACAACGGCCGUGCAACACUUCUGGAGCUUCUUGGUCUAAUUGAUUCUCGACUCGUCUCAAGCAUGGUCACCGAACGAGCCUCCUCUGUACCGGGCGCAGUUACGCCCCUCGCCCAAUGGACGUAUGCCGCGAUUCGGCACAGCUACGGCUACGGCCGCAAUAGCAACAAACAACCUGAUGUUGUGACCAAAGUCCACGAGGAAACUCUACGCAUCCUUCUUGACAUUAGCAAGGGCUCUGACCUCGGGCUUGUCAACGGCGAAGGCGAUACACCGCUUCAUGCCGCAGUCCGCUACGGAGCCGACAACAUCCUCCACAUCAUGCUUUCCUGCCGUCCCGAACUCUUGUUCCGCGAGAACGCAUCAGGCAGAACGCCGUACGAGAUGGCAGAGGAUGCGCAUCUGGCGCAAAACGUUUUCCACAAACCACCUGUUAUCGGUCGAAAGUACAGGCAAUACUACAACCAAGCUCCGAAAAGCGAGAUUUUAGAGAGAAGACCAGAGAGUUUUGUUGGGGGGGAUAAGGAUGAGCGGAAUCAGAUAGAGAAGGUGUGGGACGUGUGCAAGGAGUUCGAGGGCAAGGCUUGUCGGGGCACGAAGAGGACGCUGGUCAGUCUGCUAGAGGCGAAUGAGGUCGCGAAGAGGUUGGCGGGGAAGAAACCCAGGACUGAUGAAGAGGAGGGCAAUCAGAGUGAGUUGGAAGAGACUGCUCUCAAAGGCGAUGAGGUGGAUGUGUGGUUCCAAACGGGUAUGCAUGCCGAUAGAUAG